CUGAGUUCAACAGCAUGAGCUCCAGGCUUCAAACAGAUUCUCAUGCUCAGACGAGCACUUUAUUUUUCAUCAGGUUAUUAUUUGCAUUGUUUUGGUGCAGCUUUGAAUAAUAACUAUAUUUCUGUUUUGAAUUUUUUUUAAUGGUUUCAAAAUUCAUGGGAGAACCAAAGCAAGAAAAUCUCAGGUUUGGGAGUAAAGUUUGAUGUCUGCAAUGCCCAGAAAAGAGCCAAAGAUGUUUGUCUUGCUCUAUGUUACAAGCUUUGCCAUUUACGCAAGUGGACAACCUCGGGGCAAUCAGGCCAAAGGAGAGAACUACACCCCGAGGUAUAUCUGUAGCAUUCCUGGCUUACCUGGACCUCCAGGCCCGCCUGGAGCCAAUGGUUCACCUGGGCACCAUGGCCGCAUUGGCCUUCCGGGAAGAGAUGGCAGAGAUGGCAGGAAAGGAGAGAAAGGCGAAAAGGGAACUGCAGGUCUGAGGGGGAAGACUGGCCCCCUGGGUCUCGCUGGAGAGAAAGGGGACCAAGGAGAGACUGGGAAGAAAGGACCCAUGGGACCCGAGGGGGAGAAAGGAGAAGUUGGUCCUGUGGGACCCCCUGGAGCCAAAGGAGACCGCGGGGAGCCCGGGGUUCCCGGGCUGCCCGGCGUGUGCAGGUGCGGCAGCAUCGUGCUCAAGUCGGCCUUUUCUGUGGGCAUCACCACCAGCUACCCCCAAGAGAGACUCCCCAUCAUAUUUAACAAGGUUCUCUUCAACGAGGGGGAGCACUACAACCCCGCCACCGGGAAGUUCAUCUGUGCCUUCCCGGGAAUCUAUUAUUUCUCUUAUGAUAUCACUUUGGCCAAUAAGCACCUGGCCAUCGGGCUGGUCCAUAACGGACAGUACCGGAUCAGGACCUUCGACGCCAACACAGGCAACCACGACGUCGCUUCUGGGUCCACGGUCAUCUACCUGCAGCCGGAGGAUGAGGUCUGGCUGGAGAUCUUCUUCAAUGACCAGAAUGGCCUCUUCUCAGACCCAGGGUGGGCAGACAGCUUAUUCUCUGGAUUUCUCCUCUACGUGGACACGGAUUAUCUGGAUUCCCUAUCAGAAGACGAUGAUCUGUGAGCACACGAAGGCACUUGGCUCUUCCAAGGCCACUGUGGCUCACACUUGGAUCUCAUCUGGGAUGCCGGAAGAUGGAACAAGGAGGAAGAGGCACCAAAGGGACUCAGAGGCAUUUAAAGAAAGUUCUGGCAGGUAUCAAAACAACAUGAAACCACCAGAGAGUUGCAGCCACACCAAGAUGAACUGUAUAGAGUAGCCUCCAGAUAUUGCUUUCUCUUGAAAGUAGUGUUCAUAAAUAUUUAAACAAAUUGAAGAUGUUAAAAAGGAUUAUUAAAUGUCCUUUAUGAUAAGAAUCAGCUGGCAAUGGUCUUGCCUUAUUAAAUCUUCAUAAAACUA